UUAAAGCUAAAUGCCACCGGUUGAAAGCGGAACGAAAAGCUGCCGCACUUCAGUUUCGGACCUUAACAGCGUGACACCCAGCGGAAGUAAACAACACAAGCCAUUGUCCUUAUUAAUAGCAGGAUAACGGUCUUGUAGUCGGACUGCAGAUAGGUAUUUCAGUUGUAAUUAAAAUGUCUGCAGUUGAGUAUUUGAGACAGUUUGUCAGCCAGCGACUAACUGCUGCCGCUGAAGAAAUAUUCGGAGUUUUUGAGAAAACUGUCAUUGAGUACGAGGAAGAGAUCGACCGUCAGCGAAAACUGUUGGAUAUCCUCUGCAAACCAGAUAUAAAAUUAAGCAGAAUAGAGCUCCAACAGCAACAUGUCUGUCAGGAGGAGGAGGUUCUUGCUGACCAGCAGCUCUGUAUUGAGGAGAGGAACUCCAGUCUGGACCAGGAGGACCCAGAUCCUCCACAGAUCAAAGAAGAACAGCAGGAACUCUACAUCAGUCAGGAGGGAGAGCAGCCUGCACUGAAGCAGGAAACUGAUACCUUACUGUUGACUCCUACUGAUGAGGAAAGUGACCAUAGUGAAGAUCAGACUGUGAGCUUCAGUAUCAAGAGACAUCACAGUAACACAAGUCACAGUAUCAAUGUAAACAACCCAGAGUUGUCAGAGUUUAAACAUAAAACUCACACAGGUAAAAAGUCUGUCAGAUGUGACGUAUGUGGAAAAUAUUUUCAGUAUAAUUACAUAUUGCAGCAACACAUGAGAACCCACACAGGUGAGAAGCCGUACCUUUGCAAGACCUGUGGGAGAAGAUUUGGUCGACUUUCAUCAUUAACCAUUCAUACAAGGAUGCACACAGGGGAGAAACCAUAUUCCUGCAAAACAUGUGGGAAAGAUUUCACAACUAGCACUAGCUUGACAGUCCACAUGAGAGCAGCACACACAGGAGAGAAGCCGUACCUCUGUAACACCUGCGGGAAAAGAUUUAUUCAGCAGUCAACACUGACCGUUCAUACAAGAACGCACACAGGAGAGAAACCAUAUUCUUGCAAAACAUGCCGGAAAUGUUUCAGAACUAGCAGUAGCUUGAAAGGCCACAUGAGAACCCACACAGGUGAGAAGCCGUACAUUUGCAGGAUCUGUGCAAAAAGAUUCAGCGACAGUUCGGCAAUGAUAAGGCAUUUUAGAGUUCACCUACGUAAGUAGCUUUCUGAAGAUCAACACACAGGAGAACCCAUCAAGCUCCUGUGGAGACAUGUUCAAACUAUUACAAAAGCUUCAUCAUUGUAACUGAAUGUUAAAAUGUUUUCUACAAAGAUGAGAUGUCACUUUCUUUGUGUAAAGUUUUCAUUGAGGUGAUUUUGUUAGUUCUAUUUCUGUUUCCAAACAGUGUUUAUUUGAAACAUUUGUAGCAAAUGUGCAUUUAUGUUGUCAUAGUUACUUUUAGUGAAAGGACAUAAAUAUCUAUAUUAAAUAAAAUUAUAGUAAUUUAUGAGGCCUUUUACACUUCUUUGGAUGAAGUCACGUUAUGCCCUUGAGACCUACUGGUAUCACUGUUUGUUUUUACUGUAAGAAA